GCUGUGGAACUUCAGCUCCCAGAUUGCCCGGCGGCAAUCCGGGAAGGUGAAACUACAUCUCCCAGAAGGCUUUGUCCCGGAACUGUGCCGGCCUCGGGCCCUGAGGGGCCCGCGUGACCCGCCGUUGGACAUGGCUCUCUGGAGUGGAUCCAUUCUGGGCUCCUUCCGUAGGUCUGCGGCGCUGCUGGGGGGCAGAUGGCUGCAGCCAGCCCGGGGCAAGGCGCGCGGGAACGAGUACCAGCCGAGCAACACCAAACGCAAGCACAAGCACGGCUGGGCGCGGCGCCUGCGCACCGCGGCCGGCGUCCAGGUCAUCCUUCGCCGCAUGCUCAAGGGCCGCAAGUCCCUGAGCCACUGAGGACCGCCGCGCCCUCCCCGCGCGGACCGCACAGAGACGCCGCCUGACUCCGCCCAGCUGUGGGGUGGACCGUGGAGACCGGAGGUGCGAGCGCGCUGUCGGGCCUUCCAAAUCCCCACCUCGCUUUUGAGGAGUUUGGAAUGCAGACACUAGGCCUCCGGAUAGCACAACGACCCUGCCCCCCAGGGACUUGCCAUCCUGACCACUCGCAACUCCUACCUCCUCCUACUCCCCCAACGGUGACCGUAACUUCAGAAUAUCACUAAGCGGCUAAUAAUCAGACUUCCACUCGUGCUGUUUUGGAAAAUUAAGGCUUUCAGAUUGUCCACAUGCAAGACCUUGGGCAAGGCCUUGGCCCUUGGGUCCUAUAAAAAAAAAGUGAUUGUGC